AUGACUGAAAUUGACGGAGAACUUCAGAAUUCAACAACAAAGACGUUUCAAAAGCUCCACCCUGAAUGGUUCUUCAAUCUUGUCGGAGCGCUGUAUAUGAUUAUCUUUACUGUUGGAGCUGUUGGAAACAUUAUUGUUAUUUAUGGUUUCAAAAGUAAUAAGAAAUUACGCCAGCAAAGCGAAAGUAACAAAUAUAUUUGGCACUUGGCAAUAACAGAUUUGAUAUUUGUCUGCACCCUUCCAUUCUUUGCUGUCGAUUAUUUCCACAAACACGUCUGGAUUUUUGGGACAUACUGGUGCAAAAUAUGUCGUUUUGUCUCCAAGGUCAAUAUGUACAGCUCGAUUUUCUUCCUAACCGCAUUGUCUGUCGAUCGAAUGAUAGCAGUAACAAGACCGACGUCCUCUCUGUGGAUUCGAAAAGCAAGAGGAAUUUUUGUAACAAGCAUUGCAAUCUGGUGCUCCUCACUUGCCAUGGCUCUUCCGGAAGCGAUUUAUUCAACAGACACGUGGCCAAUGUUCAAUCAUACGAUUUGCGGCAUGAGCUUCCCAAAGAAUUCUAGCUCGGAGGAAUCGAUCACGCGCUGGUACAAUUUGAUGGGGAUGUACGAGUUGACAAAAUGUGUCUUCGGCUUCUUUGGGCCGAUCUGCAUCAUCCUCUAUUCGUAUGCCGCCAUACUUUACACUGUUCAAUGGAAGCUAAUCGGCAGCAAAGAUGGGAAAUCCCGCGCAACUAAACUGGCAUUUCUCAUCGUGCUUACUUUUAUAAUUUGCUGGUUGCCGUUCCAGGCUUUGUCGCUUCAGUCGGCGUUAGGUGGAUUUCUCGACGUAAUUUACAUGAGCGAUAGCGCGCAUGGGUUUUUUCGCAAAGCCAUGCCGUAUGCAAUCUUUCUCGCAUAUUCGAACUCGGCGCUAAAUCCCAUUCUUUACGCCUUCACGCUUCGCCCCUUCCGAGAUGGUUUUUCGGGGGGCAAGUCCUUCUGGCUGAGGCAAAAGUCGGAGAAACAGAAACUUCUUACACCGCCAGCUCAAGCACCACAGUUAAUAGUCAACAGUAGCAUCAAUCACUGCAAUAGUAUGAACACGAACUCGACUUCUCUCACAGCUGAGGCAAAAUCGUCCUCAAUCAAACGAAUCGUUUGA